AUGGCGUCCAGAGAUAAAUUCAAGAAGAGGGAGUACCCAGCUCCAGACAUGGCCUCUAUCUUGAAGGCCACUUCUACUGCGAAGGCGAGGCCCCUGAAACCUGGGUCUAGUGGGGCAAAGGAGGUCCGAGGCAGGGUUGAGCGCCUGUCCAAGGACUGCACUCCCAGGGCCUCAGAGGAGGCAUCUACUCAGAGGCCAGAGAAGCCUAAGGAGCCUCGUGGCAAAGAAAAGGUCUCUGAGGAGACAAAGAAGAGGAAGCUGGUGCACAUCUCCAGCUCAGCUGGCAAGUCUGGGACUACAGUGUCCCAUAGGGCUGAACAAACUGGGGAGCCGAAGCUUCUCGCUGCAGCCUCUAAGGCCAUAAAAAUGGAGAUGGUGAGAGAGGUGGAGGCUGAAGAGGCCAGAAAAGAGGCUGCAAGGGGAGCUGCUGAAGCUGCCGAAGAGGAGUCGGCGAAGGAGAAGCCAGUUCGGGAGAAGGGGAAAGGUGGCAGCUUCAUGCCUCGUCUUGUGAUGCCACCGACCUCACUAGGGCACUGGGAGGCAUUAAGUGAAUUCCAAACAAGGACUCACGCCUCGGAGGGAAAGGUUGCUUCCCUUGCUGAGGAGGUGAAAGCUGCUAAGGCCGAGGCCGAAGAAGCCAAAGCGCAGAGGGUCGAAGAAGCGGCGAAGCUCGAGUCUGCCCUGACCCAAAUUGAGGCCCUAAAGAGGGAAGCGAAUCUCGCCUUGGCUGGCGCUCGUGAUGCCAAUCAGUUUCUUGAAGGCCAGGCGAAGUGGUAUAUGAACGACGCCUCGGUUGCCAAAGAAGAGGCCCGGACUGCAGCGGAAGAGGCGGUGAAGGCCUACAUCGCCAAUUUCCACACUACGGAGGAGUAUAAAAACUUCAGCGCGUACUGGAGGAACUUCGCCUAUGCCGAAGUACUGGAGAGGGCAGAGGAGCUUUAUCCAAACUUGGACCUGGCACAACUUAGGUCCGAAUUUGUGGAUGAGGUUCCUCAAACCCCAACUGAGGAGGUGCAGGGUGACGAGGCAGCUGAUGCCGAAGCCCCGAAUGCUGAGGCGGGGGAAACAACUACUGAUGCCCAGGUUGUCGAACCCCCAAGUGCUGAGGCAUCUCCUUCAUCCAGCCAAGCUUAG